GCGCCCUCUCUUUUAUACACAUGGAGGCAACCUGAGCCUCGGGGAUUCUUGGUAAACAUUUUUAAAACAACAAAACCAACAGGCUACCACACCUUGGCCGAGUUUCACUUCCUUUCAACUUUUUGGACAACAUCUCAGGGUGAGAGAUGGAAAACGGGGCGUGUGACGAGGUGGAGGCGCUGUGGGAGAAGGUGGAGUGCAAGCGGUACGAACUGUGCCGCUCCAUCUCCCCGUCGAAGCUCACGCCGUACCUCCGCCAGUGCAAAGUCCUGGACGAGCAGGAUGAGGACGAGAUCCUCAACUCCAUGAUGCUGAUCUCCAAAGCAAACCGCACAAGCCGUCUGCUCGACAUCCUCCACACGAAAGGAGAGCGGGGCUACGUGGCCUUUUUGGAAAGUCUGGAAUUCUACUUCCCUGAGCUGUACAAGCUGGUCACAGGGAAGGAACCCACGCGGCGCUUCUCCACCAUCGUAGUGGAAGAGGGUCACGAGGGUCUCACCCAGUUCCUGAUGAACGAGGUGGUGAAGCUGCAGCAGCAGUCCAACGUCAAGACGCUGCAGACGGCCGAGCUCAGCAGGAAGAACUGCACCCUGGAGGACGAGCAGAAGAAGCUGCGGGUGGCCAAUCAGGAGCUGCAGGCCAUCCAACAGAGGUACAACAAGUUGAAGGAGGAGAGGAACAGCUACAGCGACGAGCUGCUGCGAGUGAAGGACGAGAACUACAAACUGGCCAUGAGGUACGCCACGCUGAGCGAGGAGAAGAACAUGGCCGUGAUGAGGAGCCGAGACCUGCAGCUGGAGGCAGAUCAGCUGAAGCACCGGCUCAACAAGUUGGAGGAGGAGUGCACGAUGGAGAGGAGGCAGAGCCUCAAGCUGAAGAACGACAUCGAGAGCCGGCCGAAGAGAGAGCAGAUCUUUGAGCUGGAGAGAGAGAAUGAAAUGCUCAAGAUCAAACUGCAGGACCUCCAGUCCAUCAUUCAGCCGGGCCCUCUACCUGCAUCAGACAAGGCCAUCCUGGACAUUUUGGAGCAUGACAGACAGGAAGCGCUGGAAGACAGACAGGAUCUGGUCAACCGCCUCUACAACUUCCACGAGGAAGUCCGGCAGGCGGAGGAGCUCCGAGAUAAGUACCUGGAGGAAAAGGAGGAUCUGGAGCUGAAGUCCUCCACGCUGCAAAAGGACUGUGAGAUGUAUCGCAACCGCAUGGACACCAUCACGGUCCAGCUGGAGGAGGUGGAGAAGGAGAGGGACCAGGCCUUUCGCGCCAGAGACGAGGCCCAGCACCACUUCUCCCAGAGUCUCAUCGACAAAGACAAAUAUCGCAAGCAGAUCCGCGAGCUGGAGGAGCGGAGCGACGAGCUCCACAUCGAGAUCGGGCAAAAAGAGGCCAAGCUGGUCAUGCUGGAGUCCCGCAUGCGCCGGCUGUCCAAGGACAUCCCCCUGGAGCAGAGUCUGCCCAGGGACCUUCCUCCCACCGUCUUCUCCCAGGCGCGGGACUAUAAACCCGUCUACGACCAAUCAGAAUGGUCCAGCGACGACUCGCCGGGGGAGAAGUUCCUGUCCGAGGAGUCGCGUCUCAAACGCAGACCCAACCUCAAAGCCGUGGCCCGAGUGAAGUCUCCGGCCUGCGUCCCCAGAGAGGUCCACCUCGAGUCCAUCGCUGCGCCGUCGGUCAACGGCGGAGAUCCACUUGAAACCCAGACGCGGAGCUCGCACGUGAUGAGCAUGUCGCUGCCGCCGUCGCCCGGCGUCCUGCCGUCGCCCACGUCCCCUCUCUCCUCCUCCUCCCACCUCCUCUCCUCCGCCUCCUCUCUUUUCUAUCUACCCUUAAGCAUGGCGGACCAGUCCAACAGGCCGAACAUGCUGCGUUGCCGUAACGACAGCAUCCUGUCCACGCUGCCCGAGCCGCCGGAGAAAGCGUCGCUGUACCGCAGGGAGAGGGAGAAGGAGCACGACUUCCACCCCCGCAGCCUCUCGGACUUUGACAGCGACACCAUGGAGACGGAGUUCGAGGACGACGUGCUGUGCGGUCCUCCUUCGCUCCACUCGUCCUCCUCGUCCCAUCAGUCAGAGGGGAUGGACUGUUACGACCUGGAGCAGGUCACCAGUAUCUUCAGGAAACUCUCACUGGAGCGGCCGUUCCGCCCGUCUCUGUCCUCCUUCUCCAGGAGCAGCGCCUCCCUGAAGCCGGUGCAGGAGCUGUCUCUGCUGGGGGAGAACCUGCUGGUGGACAUCGCUCUGGUUGGCGGUAACCACAGCGGCCUCUUCAUCUCGGCCGUCCAGUCGGGCUCCAUGGCCGAGAAGGCGGGGCUCCGGGAGGGCCACCACCUCCUGCAGCUGGAGGGGCGGAUACGAGAGGAGAACCAAUGCAUCUCAUUGGAUACCAGCACUCAGGAGGAAGCCUAUUGGACGCUGCAGCACUGCUGCGGACCAGUGAAGCUGCACUACCGCGCCAACUUUGACUCUUACCGGCGCCUCCAGAGGGACCUGGCGGACGGCCCGCUGGUUUCUGGCGACUCCUUCUACAUCCGGGUCAACCUCAACAUCUCCGGCCAAUCGGAUUGCUGCUCCCUGAGCGUGCGCUGCGACGAGGUGGUGCACGUGCUGGACACCCGGCACCAGGGCCGCAGCGAGUGGCUGUGCGCCCACGUCGACCCCUACAGCGGCGGCGACCUGGCCGACCGCGGCACCAUACCCAGCAACUCACGGGCCCAGCAGCUGCUCCUGGUGAAGAUCCAGAAGUUGGUAUCUCGAGGCGGGAAAGACGAGAACGAGAUCAACCGCAAUAAGAACUAUUUACAACCAGAAGAAGCCGUCUUGUCUCCUGAUGCUAAAGCCGGCCAGCGCCUGUCUCGAGCCAGCAUCUUCCUCACACAGAUACUUCAGUUCGUGAGCCGGGUCGACGUCAGGUACAAGCGGAUGAACAGCAACGAGCGCGUGAGGAUCAUCAACGCGGGCGGGACGGCGCCGCCCAGGCCGGGCCUCGAGGCGCCGAGGCUAGAAGACGCCGCUGACCCGGACGGCGAGCUGAGCCGGAGCCUGAACCUGAUCCCCUACAGUCCCGUCAUGCUGCAGCGGACCCAGAGGAGGAGGCCGGUCCUCUUCACCCCCAUCGCCGUCGCCAAAACCAUCAUCCAGAAAAUACUCAACAACACCGGGGCCGCCAUGGACUUUGAUGUCUGCAAACCAGACACCCUGUCCAGAGAAGAGUUUCACCUGAAGCAGAACGUGGAGCCCUUCAUCCACUACAAGGAGAAACACCCGACGUUUGAAUGCAUCGCCCGGGGAAACAUCGAGGCCGUCGCUUCUAAGGGGAAGCACUGCCUGCUGGAGGCCGAGCUGACCUGCGUCAAAGACCUCCUGCGGCGAGAAAUCUACCCGAUCAUCAUCUACGUGAAGAUCUGUGAGAAGAACGUCAAGAAGCUUCGGAAGUUGCCUCUGCGCGUGGAGUCGGAGGAAGAGUUCAUGAAGUCGUGUCGGGCUCAAUUAAAGGAGCUGGACGGAAUUCCCUGCCUCUACGCCACAGUGGAGCCCGAGGCCUGGGCGGGGACGGACGACCUCAGCAGGGUCGUCAAAGACCGAAUACUGGAGGAGCAGAAGAAGACAGUCUGGGUGGAGCAGGACCUCCUGUAGACAUCCUGUAGACACACACACACACACACACACACACACACACACACACACACACACACACACACACACACACACACACACACACACACACA